CCUCCAAUGAGAGAGGAUAUUAUUGCAUCUUAUUCGAGGAACUCGCGUUUAUCCCGCCAUAAGUCUCUCAUCUAAUCGUUCCUAUUAUUACGGGUGCAUUCAAAUUGAAUAAUAAAUAAUAAUAAUAAUGUCGUGGUACCGUUAGAAAUGCAAUAUUUUUCGUUAUGCAAACGUGGUGUUCGUUUGACGUGAAUAAAGUUUGUGGUGUACCGAUGGAACGGAUGUGACGACAAACAUUGCGUCCCUUUGUUAUAUUUAGUUGUGCCUGUACUCUCUUCCCUAAGUUUUACCAACCUACAAUAAAUAAUAAUAAAAAUAUAUAACCAACAAAAAGAAGAAUAAUAUUAAUAAUAAUAAUAAUAAUAAUAAUAGAAGUAUAAAAGCAAUAAUAAAAGGUGCAUAAUAGUGUUACUUAAUAUGGUAACAGUGAAGAUAAGAAGAAACCGGAAGUAAUAAAAUACUAUGCAAAUUGAAGAAGUGCAUUAAUCUAUUUUAAGAUCAUCUAAAGUGUUUUCUACGAGAAAGAAAGAAAAAUCCUGUUGAGAUACCAUUUGAAAACUAUUUUAAUGUCUACCGAAAACUGCGACUUUGUAAAGUGCAUAUUAAAAAAUCUAAAUAAAUCAAGACGUUUGAUCACUCUAGAAAGAAUACAGAAAGAGGAUCGUUCCUUUGUUCUCGAAGGUACUACCAAAGGUAGUACCAAAGGUAGUACCAAAGGUAAUACCAAAGGUAGUACCAAACGCAUCAGGACCGUAGGUAAUACCAAAGGCAAUACCGAAGACGUUCAAGAGAAAGGAAUAAAGAGGAAGAGAGGGGAUAGAAAGGAAGAAGAAGAAGAACACGCUUGAAUUUUCAUCUCUCUCUUUUUACUAACAGGUAUAUACCUUGUGUGUAUCCCAAGUGUAUUAUAUCUGUACCAACGUUCAAGAUUUUGUGUCACCAACCUAAGAAGAGAAAGAAAGUGAAUGAAAGAGAGAGAGAGUGAGAAGAAGAAGAAGAAGAAGAAGAAGAAGAAAGAAAAAAAAAGAUAGAUAAACAUAUACACGCGUGUUUUUCAUUAUAUUUCGGUUAUUAUAGUGCUGCUCGUUUAAACAUUUUCCAUUUGAAAAGUUCGAUAUAUCACGUGUCAUUUGAAAAUUCAUUUUAAUUAUCACGAAUUUGUAUUUGUUCUUUGAAAACGUGUGAUUCGUGGGGGGUUUUGUUUUAAGUGAAUCAAAAAUAACAAAGGAAAAGAUAAAUGAAUCUUUUUCGUUUAAUUUUUUAAUUCAUCCGACAUAUAUAUAUAUAUACAUACAUACAUAUAUAUAUAUAUAUUGAUAUAAAUUCGUGUGGAAUUCGAUAAGAUUUACAGUGAUAUCAUUUUUGUUUCUUUUCAUUUUCGUUACUUACUUAUACACGGUACUACCAACGUUUGAAAAUAAUUUGUGAAAGUUGAGAUUUGGGAAAAAUAAUGCAGAGACGAAGGUUACCGGAUACAAUGGCGUUCCUGGUUAGGGCAGCUGUUCUAGCAGCUGUCCUGGUGCAAGUUCUACCUAGCGGCUUGGCCAGCAGGCUUUUAGCUGCUGCUCAUCCUGGACAUGCUUAUUUUGAACAACCUUGCUGUGGAAAAUCUCAUCUGAGGCAUCAUAAAGAACACGUACGGGAAUUUAGCUGCGGUAUGCUCUACUACAGGACACUCUACCUUGAUAGCAAAAGGGAUGCCCUUUACGUCGGUGCGAUGGACAAAAUCUUCAGAUUGAAUUUAAGUAACAUCAGCCAUUCGAAUUGUGAGAGAGAUGCCCUCAAUUUAGAACCAAGUAAUGUUGCUAAUUGUGUGUCAAAGGGAAAAUCUGAACAUUUCGACUGUCGUAACCAUAUAAGAGUGAUACAACCUAUGGGAGAUGGCAAUCGACUUUAUAUGUGUGGCACGAAUGCACAUUCACCAAAGGAUUGGGUUAUUUAUAGCAAUCUAACGCAUUUACCACGACACGAGUUCGUUCCCGGUGUUGGGAUGGGUAUAGCAAAGUGCCCUUACGAUCCUGCUGACAAUUCAACGGCAGUUUGGGUAGAAAAGGGCAAUCCCGGUGAAUUGCCGGCUCUUUAUUCCGGCACAAAUGCCGAAUUCACUAAAGCCGAUACCGUCAUCUUUCGUACGGAUCUUUACAAUUUGACGACCGGUCGAAAAGCCUUCAGCUUCAAGAGGACCCUAAAAUAUGACUCUAAAUGGCUUGACAAACCAAACUUCGUUGGAUCAUACGACAUUGGUAGUUACGUGUUCUUCUUUUUCCGUGAGACUGCAGUCGAGUACAUAAAUUGUGGUAAAAGCGUGUAUUCACGCGUGGCAAGAGUUUGUAAAAGGGAUACCGGUGGAAAAAAGAUAUUGUCACAGAAUUGGGUGACUUAUUUAAAAGCCAGAUUGAAUUGUUCAAUACCAGGAGAAUUUCCAUUCUACUUUAACGAGAUUCAGAGCAUUUACAAAGUGCCAGGAGACGAUACGCAUUUUUAUGGAACGUUUACGACCUCGACAAACGGUCUGAUGGGUUCAGCAAUCUGUUCCUUUCACAUCGAUUCAAUACAGGAAGCUUUUCGUGGGAAAUUUAAAGAACAAGCUACUAGUAGCAGUGCAUGGUUGCCAGUAUUAUCAAAUAAAGUACCAGAACCACGUCCAGGACAGUGUGUGAACGAUACAGAAUCUCUACCAGAUACUGUACUCAAUUUUAUAAGAUCUCAUCCAUUGAUGGAUUCCGCUAUUUCCCAUGAAAACGAAAAACCGGUAUUUUACAAGCGUGACGUCAUGCUUACGAGACUAGUCGUCGAUAAACUUCGUAUUGACUUUGUCGGCAUUGAUUUGGAUUACACGGUCUACUACGCUGGAUCCAGUGAUGGUCGUGUUCAUAAGGUAGUUCAAUGGAUCGACAGUAAUGGUGAGUCACAAUCGAUUCUCUUGGAUGUGUUUGAUGUUACCCCAGGAGAACCGAUUCAGGCUAUGGAAAUUUCUAAAGAACAUAAAGCACUUUACGUCGCAUCGGAUCAUCGAAUAAAGCAGAUUGAUCUUGUAAUGUGUACACGACGAUACGACAACUGCUUGCGUUGCGUUCACGAUCCCUAUUGCGGUUGGGACAAGGACAGCAAUACUUGCAAGCCCUACGAACCAGGAUUACUUCAAGACGUAUCAAACACCACAGCUGACGUAUGCGAUAGCAGCGUUGGUAAACGAAAGCUCGUAGUUACGUGGGGUCAAUCGGUUCAUCUCGGUUGUUUCGUUAAAAUGCCAGAAGUUUUAGCAAAUCAAGAAGUAAGAUGGUACCAUUAUAGUAAAGAAAAGGGCCGUUAUCAGAUAGCUUACAAGUAUGGUGUAGGUGGUGACAAAUUUAUUGAAACUUCAGAGAAAGGUUUGGUUAUCGUUGGUGUAAAUGAACAGGAUGCUGGUAGAUACGAUUGUUGGCUUGGUGGUGCAUUACUUUGCUCAUACAAUAUUACCGUAGACGCUCACAGAUGUUCAGCACCUGCCAAAUCUAACGAUUAUCAAAAGAUUUAUUCUAAUUGGUGUCACGAGUUCGAAAAAUACAAGACAGCUAUGAAGAGUUGGGAACGAAGACAAGCGCAAUGCGUAUCAUGCCAGAACGAUAGCAAUCAAAAUCUUCACACGAACGAAGUAUAUGGAACACCUUUGGUCUGAUAGACCCGUUCGUUUGAAGAGGAGUCUACAUCGAGCCGAGAUUACGAAUAUCAUCAGAGCGUGCUGACGAUGACACGAGAUGAGGGGGGUGGUCGCAUUGGUUUAGCGACUAACA